ACAGUGACAGAGAGAGAGAAGAGAGAGAGACAGAGAGACCCAUUCACCAUAUUAAGCCCCCUUCUGCAAAUCCCAGAAAGUAUUAGAGAGAGGAAAAACAGAGCAGAGAAGAGAGCCUUUAAGCAAAAACCCAUCAUUUCUCACCCUCCCAAAAGCAAAAGCAAAAGCCUUUCUCUCUCAAAAGAGAGAUAAUCCAAGGAAGAAGAUAGGGUUAACACUGUGUUGUAUGAGCAAGCAACGCCUCGGUGAGAUGAUGCAGUCCAUCGAGCAGGCUCCUCCUCCUCCUCCGACUGCGCCUGCUCCGCCGCAGCAUCAGCUGGCGGUGCAGAACUCUGCUGGGUCUCUGAGCUUCAAUAGUAACCUGUCCAAGGAGGAUGAGGAGAUGUCCAGGUCGGCUCUCUCCACUUUCAGAGCCAAGGAGGAAGAGAUCGAGAGGAAGAAGAUGGAGGUCAGAGAGAAGGUUCAAGCUCAAUUGGGUCGUGUUGAGGAAGAGACCAAGCGCUUGGCUACCAUUCGUGAGGAGCUUGAAGGGCUUUCAGAUCCAAUGAGGAAGGAAGUUUCAGCGGUCCGUAAGAAGAUUGAUACAGUUAACAAGGAGUUAAAGCCACUGGGACAAAGCUGCCAGAAGAAGGAAAGAGAAUACAAAGAAGCACUUGAGGCUUUCAACGAGAAGAACAGGGAAAAAGUACAGCUCAUCACAAAGCUAAUGGAGCUGGUGGGCGAAAGUGAGAAGAUGAGGAUGAAGAAGCUUGAGGAGCUGAGCAAGAACGUUGAUUCAAUGCAGUGAAUAUAGCCAUUGAUGAUAGCUCUGAUUAGGCGUGUGUGAUGUAUUUAUGACGACUACUUUGUUAAUGUUUACAUAUAUGGGUGAUUGGCUUUGGUGUAUUCUAAGUUUGGUUGUUUCAUUAGGCAUUUGAUAAAACUUUUAGCUUGAUUUAGGCAGGAAAUACCCUUCUAAGUUUAAACAGGUUUGUAACUAAACGCAUUCUGAACUUCGCCUUUUCUUCUCAUUGUAAGGUCUCUUUUAGUGUAAUGUGGGUUUUCUUCAAUUAUUUUGAAAUUCUUUGUGAAAA